AUGCCUAAUGUCUCCGAGACUCCACCUGAACAAGCCUCUUCAAGUCGCGGAGAUACAAUUCCGGAGUCGGACGACGCAACACCGGAUGAUGACAGCGGCAGCAUGACUAUCCCUUUGCCUAAUAAGUCGCCCGAGCCAAGCCUUUCAGCAACACAAAGACUGCCGCAGAAACAGAAAGCCAUCAAGUCAGUAAGACGAAGAGAUGAUGGGUUCUCGGGUUCACAGCUGCCUGUCAGAACACCGCGUCAGUCUGCGACUGAUCAUCGGGACGUAACAAACUUAUCCUUCAAGCCUCUCGACCUGGGCUCGAAUACUAGUAUCAUUGCUGAUAGCGGGCCUGCGCAGACGGAGGAGGAAUCCGUCAGGGCUGCCAGUCCUGUGGAACGCAGCACAACGCCGACACAAUCGCCGCCACCGCCACCUCACGAUGAGGCAGGCGAACCUGCACCAGGGCGUGCCAUUAGCUCGACACCUUUACUGUCCCGUUCUGCCACCCCUACUGCCCUGUGUCCUGUCGAAGCAUCAGCAGAGCCGACCCGGCCCUCUGAAGCGCCAUUAUCAGUCCCCGAAAUUAUGAUCCCAGAUGUACCAGCUCCGGCAACAGUCGUCAGUACUCAUCCAACCAUCCAACCCGAACACCUUCGGGUGCCUGUCGAGAACGAUGGUGGUAGAACAAGCAAGAAGCCCCCACUGCAAGCAGAUGUGCUCGUCACUACACGCUCAGCUGUAGAAGCGUGUUUGAAACGUCAUGUGGCGGAACGACAUGAAUUACAUGCAUACCUGAUGGAGACGAAGAUGCGGAAUCAGAGAACAUUUCAAGAACAAGACCUACGCGCCCAGUCCCGUAAGCAGAAGCGUCCACAACAGCCAAUCCUACCCGAAAAGUACAUUCAGAAGACUUCCCCCUUUGAGAACAUGCGUGCUAUACAAGUGCCGUUCGACAGAGCCAACGCCAAGCGCCUCGUGGAUAUGAGUCAGGAAACAUUCAUCAAGGCCAAACCCAAGGACACAGUGGUCAAGUCAGGCUUAGCUGUGCCCACUACAAAGUACAAGAGUGAUGCGCCAAAGAUUCCUCCUUUCAAAGAGUAUGUCAGUCUGAGGAACAACGUUCUUAAAGACAAUGAGUCAAAAUUACUCGCAACACCCUAUUUCCAGGACGAAGACUAUCGUGGUCGCGAGGUUCUGCUGGAUACGCUUCCUUAUAUGUACGAGAUGACGCAUGACGAGAAGGGGCCGCUAGACUUCCGCAAGGAACAGUGCCGGUUCUACGAUAAAGCCAUCGAAGCAUUCUUGUCUGAGAUAGGCAUCACGUGGAACGAUAUCCUGUUUUGGUUACUGGCCCGGGAUGAAGACCUUGUACGAAUCAACGACUCUUUGAAUGGAAGCAAGCAGUUUGAAGCACAGCUCCUCGAAAGAUCACGAUAUCACAUUGAGGAGUUUGAGAGAGACGGUGAGCCGAAGAAGGCUAUUCUGUUUGAUCAGAACAACAAAAAGUGGGAAGAGUUCGUCGCACAGCUUGAAGAGCCGAUCCCGAGUGCUCUGAGACUUGCGGCAACAGCUUCUGCAGCGGUAUUCAAAGAAUGUGAAUUCAGCAUCUGGUACCUGGCUCAACAGUCCAAAGCUGUACAGAGUCUCAUACGGAAGAAGUCUGCACAUGAGCAGUCUUCCAAGCAUGCAACGUACAAAAAGAUCAUGUGCAGAGUAUGCCAUCAACACGAUUGCCUUCUUCAUGGCGAGAUCAGACAAGUACCUGAGGAUUCCUGGAAGACGGACUCGGAAGACGAAGAACGAGCUACACAGGCGACUGAUGAUACCAGUCGUCGAGGCUCCAACAACAAAACUUCGCGCCGGGUGUCGAACUUUAGCAGAGACGACACCGACGAUGAGAACGAACCGGGCGAUCCCUUGCCCGCACACUUCGACUCCGACUCCGACAUUGAGAAGGUCAUUAAUUAUAAGCUCCCUGCAAACCCAAGCGCUUUCGAGUCUUGUUCAGAGACGGAGAUGAUUACUCCCAAAGGUGCAAAACCGCCACCUGCGUCAGGGAAGCGCGUGUGUCUUACACAGACAUGUCUCUGCGUCAAAUUCAACCGAGAGUGCGAUGCAGACCUUUGUGGCUCUUGCGGAGCAUCUGAAGUCCUUGACCCGGUGAAUCGUUACAACGAUGAAUUGGUUCAACGUAAUUGCUGCAAUGUUGCGAUACAGAGGGGUGUUCCUCGGAAAACAUUGCUCGGUCAUUCGGAAGUGCAUGGCUUUGGACUCUAUAUGGGCGAGGACAUCAAGAGUGGAGAGUAUAUUGGUGAAUAUACUGGCGAGGCCAUCUCGGUUAAGGAAGGCGAUCGCCGAGUGACGAUAUACGACUACCAGAAGACGAUGUACCUGUUUCGUCUAAACUCGAAGCAGGAAGUUGAUGCGACAUACAUGGGUAACAAACUACGCUUCAUCAACAAUGCCGACGACAAGUACACGAACUGCGGCCCCAAGAACUUGCUGUGCAACACAGUCUUUCGCAUCGCGCUCUUCGCCACCAGAGACAUCAAGGCAGGCACCGAACUGUUCUUCAACUACAACUAUCCCAAGGAGAAAACAGAGCAAUUCAAACAGCCGAAUGCCAAGAUCGUCGCGGUCAAACAGACCAAGCAAAAGACGAAGAAAAGGGAGUCACUCACCAGUCUGAGCCAGCCCAUCGAGGACCGCUCACGUAUCCUUGCCGCCACAGCAAAAGCCAGAGAGGCAAAAGCAGCGAAGCGGAAAGAGGCCAUGCUGCAAGAGGGCGGCGUGGAGCCAGCCACAAGAAGGCGCUCUGGAACACUUCAAGCACGAAAGGCAGCUACGAGCAAACCCGGACGCAAAGCAGUGCGAAAGUCCAAGCGCGGAGGGCUCAAUAGGAACGAGUCCACAGGUUCAGAUACGGGUAUGGAUGUAGAGGCAAGCGACCCCGAAAUCCCCGAAAUCCCUCCCGUCAUUGAGUCGCAGAGCACUCAGACUAGUCUGUACGUCCAGGACACGGAGGCGGAGGACGACGAAUUCAUCUUGCCAGAUACCCAAGAAGACGAAGAGCAAGAUGUGGCUGAGCCGGCCUCUGAGGAUGAUGAACCGCCCGGUCGAUCUACGAGGUCUCGUCGUGGGCCGGGUCGACCGCGUAGGAGGGCGUCGGAUGUGGCGCCGGUGGUUGCGGUCAAGCAGGCGGUUAAGCAGGCGGCCAAGCAGAAGAAGUCGAAGAUGGGUGGUGCACGACCAGGUGCUGGCAGGAAGAGAAAACGACCCGUUAUUGCUAACAGCGAUGAUGAGUGA